AUGUCGACGACACUCUCAGCUCUCCACUGCAAAACCCCCAUAAAGCUCUUCUCACCAAACAUUUCCCCUCGAAUUAACCACAGUAGCCACUCAUUAUCACUCGCCCCCUCUCUCACACCAGCAAACGCGAACCAUCUGAAGAGGAUAAGAAACCCCCAAAAUUUGUACGGGCCAUUCAAAGAACAUUUUUUUGAAUUUCAGGUGGUAAAAUCUAGUCGAUUUGCAGCGAAGGCACAAUAUGGAACUGAAUCCAGCGGUAACACGGAGAAAGAAGAAGUCCAGUAUGUUGGGGAGAGCAGUAUGCCUGAAAGAUUUAGAUAUUUGACUAAAGAAGUUCCUGCUAAGCCUCUUCGGUGGCCUUGGUUCAUUGCGCUGGCAUUCAUGACCUACGCCUGGAGGGCCGUCCUGUGGGAACUCUUCAACUGGAAACGGGCUCUCAGUGCCAUCGGCCGAUUCUUAGGCUACAUCUCGAAAAUCAUUUUAGCCCUCGUAUUCAGCUUCAUCGGCGACCCACUUACCUUCUCCAUACGAGCAAUCGAGACAUCACUCUACACCGUUCGGGCUUUCUACUCGAGCAUAAUUUGGCACGCGCCCGUCCCCGAGCUGGCAACAAUCGUCAUGCUGACAUCAGCGGUGCUCGCCGUGGCCGAGACCGCCGUCCCGGAUUCCAUCGACAGCCAGCCGUACAUGCUCACCCUGGCGGGCUUGAUCGGGUUUGCCGCUGUUAAAAACUACAUAAACGAGCUUUUUUUCUGGACGUUGCUCGUGGGUCUGUUCGGGUUCAAUAGUUUUGUGAAAAAGAGGGAUUAUGUGUCAUCUGCUUUGCCUGUUGCUGCUGUUUUGGUUGCUGUGGGGGAGCCGUGGGUCAGAGUGGUCGCGAUGGGCUCGUAUUUGGGCCUGGCUGUGUUUUACCGUUCGAGAAGGCCCGUGGAUUUGAAAGAAGAUGGGGAUGGAGGGGUAAGAAGGAAAAGGGUUCCUCUUCCGCUGCUGUGUGCUGGGCUGGCGAUUGGAGUCCGGGUUGCUGCUAACUGGGCCGGGUACCGGCAUCUGACUUGGAUGAUUGUGUAG